GACUCCUAGGGAAAGUGCGAGGGUGGGGGUAGAAAUGGCCUGUGUUUGAGAGAGAGUGUGUCUGUGUGUGUGAGAGAGAGAGAGAGAAAGAGAGAGGGAAGGGGGGCGGGUGGAAGGAAAGAGAGGGAGCAAGGGAGGGAGGACUGGAGCAGUCUGGAAGAAACACCACUCUCCCAUCUCUUCCCUCCUUCUCAGGCGCUCAAAGGAAUCCAGGAAAAAUCAUGUUUGAUAACACACAAUACCCUUAUAACUGCUUUAAUUAUGAUGGAGAUGAUUACCCAGCCUGCACUUCAGACGAAGAAAAAAGAUUCACCAGACCUGCUUACAGCUACAUAGCUUUAAUCGCCAUGGCCAUUCAGCAGAGUCCUUCCCACAAGGUGACCCUUUCUGGCAUCUACGAUUUCAUUAUGAAGAAGUUCCCAUACUAUCGGACGAAUCAACGCGCCUGGCAGAACUCCAUUCGUCACAACCUGUCUCUCAACAGCUGUUUUGUCAAGGUUCCCCGAGCAGAAGGCCACGAUAAGGGCAAAGGAAACUACUGGAGCUUUGCAACCGGAUGUGAAUCCAUGUUGGAUUUGUUUGAAAAUGGGAAUUACAGGAGGAGGAGGAGGCGGAAUGUGAAAAGGGAAAAAAGGAUGGCUGGAGGAAGAGAGGCCUUGCCCACCUUGUCUUCAGCUGACACUGUCUUCCCCAAAUUCUCCUGUCCUGGUGAGACUUUGGCAUCCCAACCACUCAAAUCCUCGGAGGCCGGUGAGUUUUUUCCAAGAGCUGCCGCCAGCCGACAAAGCCCACACAGCUCCUCCGUCGGAAAAUCUGACUCCGAAAUUAAAUUUAGCAUUGAUUACAUUCUUUCAUCUCCAGACCCGCUGCCAGUCCUGCGGUCCCCGUACCAUGUGCAAGAUAAUACAUACCACCUCUCGGAUGCUCAGCAAGCAAACAUUGGGUUUUGGACCUUGUGA